AGUGGCCCAAUCGUAGCCGCUCGUUCAAAGCCCCCCUUCAGCCGCUCAGUUCUUGUAUCGCUUCGCUGCUAGCACGUCGUUCUACAAUGUCGCUUCUUAACAAGGGAUCGCGCCUCAUGACCCAGUCGCUCCGCGCUGGCGCCCGCAGCAUGUCGAGCGCUACCGAGCAGGAGGCCAAGGAGCAGAUGUACCGGUGGCGCACGAUCUCCAAGGGCAUGAUCGGCCUGGUUGGAGUGUACACGGUGUACGCUAUCGGCGACCACCUGAGCCACGAGCACCAUGAGGAGGAGACGCCUGCCUACCCGUACCUCAAGAUGCGCACCAAGCCCUUCCCGUGGCCCGAGUCGAACUGCGACCUGCUGGACUUCGAAUGCCGCCGCAAGGCUCGCGAGGCCAAGAAGGCGCUGGAGUAAACGGUUGUAUCAAGGAGAAAGCAGAACAGGCCAAAGGACAGAAGCAACGCCAGGGAGUAAGCUGAACGUUAAACUUGUCUUCACCGGUACUACUAUUUCUUUGGCUUGGUUCAUUCACUACACUACCCACACGCACACACACACUACCAACUAAAAAAAUAAAAAAAAAAUGCAACCAGUCUUCGAAGCUACCGGUAUAAACCCUGUCCGAUACUGCAACUCCAUUCACGAGACAGGAGGCCAAAAUUGAUGGUGAAGUAAGAUUAUUAAGUGCAAUUGGGU